AUGACAGUUCUCCAGCCGAUCCGAAAAGCAGCUAUCAUAGGAGCAGGUCAGAUGGGUCUGGGCAUCGCAUACGUAUCAGCAGUCCAUGCCAAAAUACCUAUAACGAUCUACGACCCAUCCUCGGCGGUCUUAUCAAACGCGACAGACAAAUACAAAUCACUCUUAUCCAAGGACGUAAAGAAAUCGAGAUUGACGAAAGAACAAGCGGACGAAGCGUUAUCUAGGUUCAAUACUAUCAAAAGUGAUGGAACGACUGCAGAUGGAAGUGUGAAAGAUGAUGUGGAUCUGGUUAUUGAGGCUAUACCUGAAAUACCAGAAUUGAAAUUAGGUUUAUUCAAGCGACUAGGUCAGACUUUACCUCCCUCGAUCAUAUUGGGUAGUAAUACGAGUAGCAUAAGUAUUACCAAGCUGGCUGCUUCUGCUGGAUCGGGUGGAGGAGAGGAUGGUAAGAAGAGUUCGGAAAGGGUGAUAGGAAUACAUUAUUUCAAUCCUGUACCAAUCAUGCGAUUAGUCGAGAUCAUACCUGCUCUUCAAACUUCUCAAGAGACCAUCGAAAGGGCAAAAUCAUUCGGUAAAGCAUGUAAGAAAGAAGUAACUACUUCAUCCGAUUCACCUGGAUUUAUAGCCAACGCAAUAUUGAUGCCAAUGAUUAACGAGGCUAUAAUGGUUUUAGAAAGGGGAAUCGCCUCCUCACACGACAUAGACCUAACAUUCCAACUAGGCAUGUCCCAUCCCCUAGGUCCAUUGAAAUUAGCAGAUCUGAUAGGUUUAGAUACAUGUCUAAAUAUCCAAAGGGUUUUACACAAAGAAACGGGUGAUAGUAAAUAUCGUCCUGCGACAUUACUCGUUAAGAUGGUUGAUGCUGGUUGGGUGGGUAGGAAGGGUGGGAAAGGGUUUUAUGAAUAUGAUAAAGAUGGGAAUGUACUAGGGUGA